CUCCAAUACUUCCUGCAUGUGCCGACAAUAUGGCAGCGUCCAUAGCGAUUCAUCUGGAGUUUGGAGGAGGAGCAGAGCUGCUAUUUAAUGGUGUGAAGAAGCAUCACGUGACUCUUCCAAGCCAGUCAGAACCUUGGGACAUGAAGCAGCUGCUGGUCUGGAUCCAAAGGAACCUGCUGAAGGAACGACCUGAGCUGUUCGUCCAAGGAGACUCUGUGAGGCCUGGGAUCCUGGUACUUAUCAAUGAUGCAGACUGGGAACUGAUGGGGGAACUGGACUAUCAACUACAAGACCAAGACAACGUUGUGUUUAUUUCUACUCUUCACGGAGGAUAAAAACUUUUUUUUUUUUUUAAAAAGAAGAAGGCAAGGAUUUUAAAUGUUUCCUAACAGUUCAGCCUUUUCACAACAUCAUCUCUUCUUACUGUCCCACCACCACCACAUCCCAGCAUCACAUCACCCUAUUGGAUGUUGCAGAUGUGUCAACCUGCCCAGCGACAACUGAGAGGAUUGAUGAUGUUUUAUGGGAAUGAGGAGAAAUUCUCAUAUAGAAAGAUGGAAACUGUUAGACUGGUGUAAUGGGAAGCGAUACAAAUCCUGGUUGCACUGGCCAUCUCCCAGGCACCAAUGUCAGUAUCUACACUUACUGGGUCUGCCUUCAUCUCCAUGCAGACACUCUUCCUGCAUGUCUGUCCUGAAGGUUAAAAAUUAGCUGCAAAUCACCACUUUAGGAAAAAAAAAACACACGUUACUCCCUCUUCCAUUAGUGUUUCAGAGCAAUGUAUUAACAUUUAAUAAAUGGUUUAUUACACACUGACUGUGCUUUAAGUGUUUAUAAAUAUGUAAACAAUUAAAACCAACUCAAAGAUAUUUAAUAUGCUUACAUAUUUGUUAUGUUGCUGUCAAUAAUGUGUUCAUAUACAAACAGUCAGUUACAUGUUUGUUUGUAUUUGACAAGUCUAUUACUUCCUAAAAACGUAUUUGUAUCCCCCUGAGAGCAUUUUUUUAAUCUCAUGUAAACCUUUUAUGAAAUGUUUUU